GUCACGUGACCUGGGCCCUACGGGAGGGGGCGCGGUCGGGGGCCCGGCCGAACCGGCCUCUUAGUGAGCCCCGAGGGGUGCGCGCCGGGUUCCCAGGUCCGGAUCCAGUCCCGCUGGACUGCGAGAGAACCUGAGGCCCGAGCGGACGGCCAGCCAGCCAUUCAUCCGCCCCACCGCACCUUGCCCUGAGAGGCUGCUGUGGUCAAGGUUGGAAGAGGGUCAGGUUGCGGGGCUCCACGGGUUUCCCCUGCAACGUGGGGAGAGGUGGGAUGGCUGCCAUGACUGGGGAAGAGCGAGUUCACCUUUCUGAGAGCUGAGAAAGAUUCAUAGACGGUAAUGGUGGAAGAUGAGAUUGGACCGGUGAGCCUGGGCCAGACCCUCGAGGCACUGAGUGAAACGGGGAGGCAAGAUGUAAUUAGGCUGCCUGGCGGAGGGAGAAAACCCUGAAGAGGCCCAGGGAAAGCUGUGUGGUGCCCUGGACCAGGUGGUGGCUGCCAGAUGGAGGAGAGAGGGCAGGGCCGGGAGCAUCUUCAUCAAACAAGGGCCUCGUUGGGGGAAUGGGGAUGGCUGUGGGCCAGGUCCCUGCCCGCCGUCCUCUCUCCCGCUGCAGAACCUACAGACCCAGGGUGGGCCAUGAAGGUUCUGCUUCUCACCGGGCUGGGGGCCCUGUUCUUCUCCUACUACUGGGAUGACAACUUCGACCCUGCUAGCCUCCAGGGAGCCCGAGUGCUGCUGACCGGGGCCAGCGCCGGCGUUGGGGAGGAGCUGGCGUAUCACUACGCCCGCCUGGGCUCCCACCUGGUGCUCACAGCCCACACCGAGGCCCUCCUGCAGAAGCUCUGCACCCCCCCGCCAGGUGGUGGGGAACUGCCGGAAGCUGGGCGCUCCCAAGGUCUUCUUCAUCGCUGCGGACAUGGCCUCCCCGGAGGUGCCCGAGCGCGUGGUGCAGUUUGCGCUGGACAAGCUGGGAGGGCUGGACUACCUCGUGCUGAACCACCUCGGCGCCACCCCGGCAGGCACGCGGUCUCGGAGCGUCCAGGCGACCCGCUGGCUCCUGCAGGUGAACUUCCUGAGUUACGUGCAGCUGACUUCGUUGGCGCUGCCCAGCCUGACGGACAGCAAAGGCUCUCUGGUGGUCGUGUCCUCGCUGCUCGGCCCUGUGCCCACAUCCUUCUCCAGCCCGUACUCGGCGGCCAAGUUCGCGCUGGACGGCUUCUUCGGCUCUCUCCGGCGGGAGCUGGACGUGCAGGACGUGAACGUGGCCAUCACCAUGUGCGUCCUGGGCCUCCGGGAUCGCGCCUCGACCGCCGAGGGAGUCAGGGGCGUCUCGAGGGCCAAGGCGGCCCCAGGGCCCAAGGCAGCCCUGGCGGUGAUCCGCGGUGGCGCCACCCGCGCCCCGGGCGUCUUCUACCCCUGGCGCUUCCACCUGCUCUGUCUGCUGCGGGGAUGGCUGCCGCACCCGAGGGCCUGGUUCAUCCGCCAGGAGCUCAAUGUCUCGGCUGCCGCUGCUGCCUGAGCUCCCGGGGGUGGCCCUCAUCCUUCCAGAGGGGAACCCUCCAUCCAUCCGCCCUGGAGCGGUGACACAAACCGAAACACCUCUGAGCUGGUGGCCGUGGCUCAAGACAGAGUCAUCAAGACAGACAAGGACAAUCGAGAAAAACUACCAGCCCCUGGAAACAGCCCCAGCUGCGGGUGUGCAAGUGCUAAUGGUGGGCCAGGCAGCCAGUCAGCAACUUGGAAAGCGUUACCUCCGUUUUCUGGGCCACCCUCGGUGACACAGUUGCUGCUUCCAUUUUGCAGAUGAGUAAACUAAGGCUCAGAGAGGUGGCGUGACUUGCCUAGACCCCUGAGACCUGGGAACCCUGGGAACCCUGUCCAUCUCCCACUUGGAACCAGGGCAUCUCUGAUCCUCUUUGCACUCGCUCAGCCUUGGAGCGUCCCCCUACCCUUGCCCCAAGCAGGGGACAGCCUUCAAACUGACCACCUGCCCACGGGGUCUAAGGCAGGGAAGGCGGGAAAGAAUGUGUUCUGGGCUGGACCCAGCCUUCUGUUUCAUAAUAAAACCCUUCUUCCUUUA